AUGGGGUCAUCACAGUCAGUAAUCACCACUCUUGAGGCCGUACUCAGACAGUGGGAUAUCAAACUUGGACAAAGGACGUUAAAGAAUUUUGUGAAAGAGGUGGAUAGGGUCGCUCCCUGGUAUGCCGUGUCAGGCUCUCUGACCCUUGCCUCCUGGAACAAACUGGGGAAAGACCUAGAGGGCCACUGCGACAACAAAGAACUUAGACAGGGGACCCUUGCUAUUUGGAAACUCAUUAAGAACUGUAUACAAGAUGAAAAUUGUAGGGCGGUAGUUGAGAGUGGACGGGCUACCCUUGAGGAUAUUCAGGACAGCAUGUCAGAAACUGAACGUAGUGAGAGGAUGGGCACACGUAGGAAAAAGGUACCGAAACAAAAGGAAAAGGAACACCCUUCAGCUGAAGAAAAGAACCCUCCUAAUAAAGGAGAGAUACCCCCUAACGGGAAAAGCUCGCUUUACCCCAACCUAGAGGCACUGACUAUCGACAGUGCAGAGAGUUCCUCUGGGGACUCCGGUGAGGAGUCAUUAGAUUCUACAGAGGAGGCAGAGUUAGAUGAGGAAGCAGCAGAGUACGAGGCGGAGAGAUACCAUCCUGAUGAGCACAGAAUCAGAAAGCCUCUGAGGAAGAAAACGGUUCCCUCGGCCCCCUCAAUUCCUCCUCCCCAAUACGCUCCUCACUCGGGAUAUUCCCUGCUCUCAGAGAAAGUCAGGAAGAAGCUCAGGACAGCUUUCCCUGUUUUUGAAACAGAAAAUGGAGGGCGAGUGUACGCGCCUGUAGACUUUACUCAACUAAAAGAAUUGGCCGAAUCAGUUCACAAAUAUGGACCCAACGCCAAUUUUACUUUGGUACAAUUAGAUAGACUUGCCAGCAAUGCCUUAACUCCCGCAGAUUGGCAAGUGAUUGUUCAAGCAGCCCUUCCCAGCAUGGGUCAAUACAUGGAAUGGAAGGCGUUAUGGUACGAAGCCGCACAAAUACAGGCUCGCGCCAAUGCUGUCGCUCUCACUCCUGAACAGAGGGAAUGGAGAAUGGACUUGUUGACAGGCCAGGGAGCCUACGCUGCAGACCAAACCCGUUACUACUGGGGAGCCUACGCUCAGGUUGCAGCUACAGCCAUUAGGCAUGGAAGGCACUCCAAGAAAGGAGAGGCCAACACACAACUUACCAGGAUAGUUCAGGGGCCUCAAGAAUCUUUCUCAGACUAUGUGGCUAGAAUGACAGAGGCUGUGGGGCUUAUUUUUGGAGAUACUAGUCCGAUGGAGCCUCUGAUUCAACAAUUAAUCUUUGAACAAGCCACACAAGAAUGUCAUGCGGCCAUUGCCCCACGAAAACAUAAGGGACUUACAAGUUUUACAGAGGGCCUAUCGGCUGCAUGGGGCCGCCCUAAGCUCCUAAAAACUGACAAUGGUCCUGCUUAUACCUCUGCAAAGUUUCAACAAUUUUGCCGACAGAUGAACGUUACUCAUCUCAUGGGCCUCCCUUAUAACCCACGGGGCCAAGGAAUUGUUGAACGUGCUCACAGGACUUUAAAGUCUUAUCUACUUAAACAGAAGGAGAGUUUGAAAGACUCCUCCCCCCCCAUCCCUAGGGUAGCCGUUUCUAUGGCCCUCUUUACCCUUAAUUUUCUGAAUCUGGAUGACAAGGGAUAUACAGCUGCAGAAAGACACUGCUCUGAGCCUGACCAACCAAAGGAAUUAGUUAAAUGGAAGGAUGUGUUGUCUAACACGACUGUGCACAGUUGA